AUGUCUAACAACAAUGUCAACCGCGAUUCAUUGGCCUCCGUCAAUGUCCAACCUCAUCAAGGAAGACAAUCGUACACCAUUAGUGAUCGCAAGAAGAUCAGUGUCGGUGAAGUCGACAGCUUUUUUGAAGAGGAGUUGAAGGAGUGUCGUGCAUGGAUCAAACCUGAGAAAGUGAACAAUAUGCAUAAGCUGGUCGACCCUACCACUGGAGAAAGACUCCCGAAAAACAGCAGGGUGAAAAUUGCGUGGAAAUUCUCGUAUGUGUGCCAUCGUGCUGGAGCGCAACAGAUACGCAAGGAUCGUGUUGCAGGUGGCUCAAGUGGAAAGAA